CGAAUCAAUAAUCGCUUCCCUGAGCCAAAAGGCCCGAAAGAUCCCUCCUCCUCUGCCUCGUCCUCCUCCAACUUUUGAGUACCUCACCCUGAAACCGGAAGCUCCAAUGGCCUCCCUCCCGGGUUUGUCUCACCUGUACCCAAACCACCAUUUCAAGAAGAGCUCACUUCGCUCUUCAUCUCCUCCCACCCCUCUCCUUCAGACGCAACCCUUAAUCCUUUGCUUUGACUCGUCUUUGUGUAAAACCGGGGGUUCGAGAUCGCUUCGCAAUCGUGUUCUUGCUAGAGCUGAAGAUGAGGCCAGGGGGUCGACAUCAUCAUCAUCUUCUUUUCCGUCUCAGCGGCAGCGUGCUCAACCAAACUCUGAGAAUCAGCUAGAGGAGCUGACACCAAAAUCUGGAUCAUGUGAUCCUUUGUGUUCACUAGAUGAAACCAGUUCACGUGAUUUUGAAGCCGCUUACCAGCCCAAGACCGAUUUUCUUAAAGCUCUUGCCAUAUUUGCAGCAACUACAACAGGGGCAGUGGCGAUUAAUCAAUCAUGGGUUGCUGCCAAUCAGGAUGUUGCCAUGGCACUGUUAUUUGGAAUCGGGUAUGCAGGCAUCAUUUUUGAAGAAUCUCUGGCCUUCAAUAAAAGUGGAGUAGGAUUACUGAUGGCCGUGAGCUUAUGGGUCGUGCGAAGCAUUGGGGCUCCUUCGACCGAGAUUGCUGUUUCAGAGUUAACACAUGCAUCUGCAGAAGUCAGUGAAAUAGUGUUUUUCUUGCUUGGUGCAAUGACAAUUGUAGAAAUAGUUGAUGCUCAUCAAGGUUUUAAGCUGGUUACUGACAAUAUAACCACUCGAAAGCCACGGACUCUCCUCUGGGUGGUUGGUUUUGUGACUUUUUUCCUUAGUUCGAUCCUAGACAACCUGACAUCUACCAUUGUCAUGGUGUCAUUAUUGCGGAAACUAGUACCUCCGUCAGAAUUCCGCAAGCUUCUAGGAGCUGUUGUAGUGAUAGCAGCAAAUGCAGGUGGUGCAUGGACUCCUAUUGGUGAUGUUACCACUACUAUGCUGUGGAUACAUGGUCAAAUAUCCACUCUGCCAACAAUGAAGGGAUUGUUUGUACCUGCAGCUGUUUCUCUAGCUGUCCCUCUAGCACUCAUCUCCCUGACCAGUGAAGUUAAUGGCAAGGGACAGGAUUCUCCGAAUGUGUUGGCAUCUGAACAGAUGGCUCCUCGAGGACAGCUUGUUUUCUCAGUAGGUAUUGGAGCUUUGAUUUUUGUUCCAGUGUUCAAGGCCCUAACUGGUUUGCCUCCCUAUAUGGGUAUGCUACUUGGACUUGGAGUUCUUUGGAUUCUGACUGAUGCUAUCCACUAUGGUGAAUCUGAAAGGCAGAAGUUGAAAGUACCACAAGCUUUAUCACGGAUUGACACUCAAGGAGCACUUUUCUUCCUUGGAAUCCUUUUGUCUGUAAGCAGCCUUGAGGCUGCAGGGAUUCUUCGGGAAUUGGCAAAUUUCCUUGAUGCUCAUAUUCCUAAUGCUGAAUUGAUUGCCAGUGCAAUAGGAGUCGUAUCAGCAAUUAUAGACAAUGUUCCACUGGUUGCAGCAACAAUGGGAAUGUAUGAUCUCACCUCUUAUCCCCAAGAUUCCGAGUUUUGGCAGUUGAUUGCAUAUUGUGCCGGCACUGGUGGAUCCAUGCUAGUUAUUGGCUCAGCAGCUGGAGUUGCAUUCAUGGGGAUGGAAAAGGUGAACUUCUUUUGGUACCUGCGGAAGGUGAGUGGUUUUGCUUUUGCAGGUUACGCUACUGGGAUUGCUGCUUACCUAGCAGUACAUAACCUCCCCAUCUCCCUACCUACGACUCUAGCGGAGGUUCCUUUCCUCUCUGGUUCAUAAAUCAUAGAGCUUUGGCUAGGAUGUUUCCCUGGCUUCAAGCUGGGCGGUAAAGAAAACAGCAGUACACAUUAAUCUAGCGGAGUGGCGAUCGAUGAAAUUCGAUAAUUUGGUAAGUCGAAUGAAGAAAGGUUGGAAAAGAUGGUGACAUCUGAUACGUUGAGAUUAUUUAGAUCUCAUGCCCACAAAAUUCACAUUCUGAUGACAUAACUGGGACAUGGAAUAAAGUUUUUUCUUUCAAGGUCGGAAUGUUAAGGGGUGAAGUCCAUGUUUUCAUUUUUUUUUUUUUUUUUUUAAAUUUCCUUGGCGCAGACAUUCUUUGGCGAGGACACGUUUGCAUUGGACAGCUUGGACGGACUUUAUGACGUCUUGACUCUUCACAGUAAGAUCCAUUUUUGAAGCAGUAAA